CAUAGGUGGAGUCCUGACUGGUUCCAGUGAACAGUUCGUUGUUUUUGAGCGUCCAGGAGUGGACUGGAAACUUUCUUCUUCUUCAGAGCUUUGAAUAAAGUAGUGACGGCAGCCUGCAGACACAGAGGAGGAUUUUCUCUCAGACCUGGUCCACACAGCAGAGAGCUGCAGAGGAAGAAGCUGAGGAGCCAUGACGACGUCAGAGCUCCUCAAAAACAUCCUGGAUGAUCUUAAUGAUGGUCAGCUCUCUGAUUUCCAGUGGUUCCUGCAGAAGACCAACAAUGUUCAAGACCUCCCAGCCAUCAAAGAGAGCCAACUACAGACAACAAGCAGGUGUAACACUGUGAAUGUGAUGGUGCAGACUUAUGGAGAUCAGGGAGCUGUGCAGGUGACCAGGGUGGUUUUAGAGAAGAUCCACAGGAAUGAUCUGCUGCAGAGUUUACCUGCCAGCAGCUCAGGACCAGAAGAUGUGACUGUUCCGGUACCAGAACCACGUCACAUCAGAGAUUACCAAGAGAAGCUUCAAUCACACCUCCAGGAGAAGUUUCGGUGUGUGGCAGAGGGGUGUGCAACAGAUAAGCAACUUCUGGUUGAUAUCUUCACAGAGCUGUACAUCACUAUUGGCCGGGACAUGCACGUCAACACACAGCAUGAGGUCCUACAGAUUGAAAAUGUGUGGAAGCCAUCAGACACAGAGACACGGAUCGAACCCAGCGACAUUUUCAAUCAUCCUUCUGGAAAAGACAUACCCAUCAGAACAGUACUGACCAAUGGGAUUGCAGGGAUUGGUAAAACAUUCCUCGUGCACAAAUUUGUGUUUGACUGGGCUGAAAAAAGAGCUAAUCAAGAUGUGCAUCUUAUUUUCCCAUUCACUUUCCGUGACCUGAAUUCACUGCAGGGACAAGAGUUUCGUUUGGCAGAGCUCAUUCAUUUCUGUAUCCCAGAAACUAAAGACGUAACAGAGAAGGCUCUGAAUGACAUCUUUACAACUUUGGAGUCAUCAGGAAACAGCAGUUACAAGAAGAGCAGAUUCAAACUGCUGUUUGUGUUUGAUGGCCUGGAUGAGAAUCGCCUUCAUCUGGACUUUCAUGUCAACCACAUUCGCUCCAUUGACGUAACAAAGUCAACUAAAAUAGAGGUCUUGCUGAGGGAACUUAUCAGAGGAAACCUGUUGCGCUCUGCUCGCCUCUGGAUAACCACACGGCCUGCAGCAGCCAGUCAGAUCCCUGAUGACUGCGUGAACAUGGAGACAGAGGUCAGAGGGUUCACCGACCCACAGAAGGAGGAGUACUUCAAGAAGAGAUUCGGAGAUGAGAAGCAGGCCAGCAGCAUCAUCUCCCACUUGAAGAAGUCACGAAGCCUCCACAUCAUGUGCCACAUCCCAGUGUUCUGCAGGAUCACUGCUACAGUUCUGGAGGAGCUGCUGAGAAGCAGAGAGGGAGGAGAUCUGCCCAGAACCCUGACUGAGAUGUACAUAGAGUUUCUCAUAGUUCAGAUUGAUCACACAGAAAAAAAGUAUGGUCCAGAAAAAGGCAUUCAGUACAUUAACUCAUUAGCCAAACUGGCUUUUAAACAGCUGCUAAAGGGCAACCUGAUCUUCUAUGAGAAAGAUCUGAGUGAAAGCGGCAUCAAUGUGACUGAAGCCUCAGUGUACUCAGGAGUGUUCACAGAGAUCUUCAAAGCAGAUGGAUGGAAAGAGAAAGACAAGGCGUUCAGCUUCGUCCAUCUGAGCGUCCAGGAGUUUAUGGCUGCUCUUCAUGUCCAUCAGACCUUCAGAAAGUCUGGAAUUAACCUGCUGGAAAAAACAUCCUGGUGGUCCUGGUGGAUCAACUUUCUGUUCAGACAGAAAGUUGAUCCACCAGUUUUCUACCAGAGAGCUGUGGACGAGGCCUUACAGAGUCCAACUGGACACCUGGACUUGUUCCUGCGCUUCCUCCUGGGUCUGUCACUAACAUCCAAUCAGAACAAAUUACAGGAUCUGCUGAGAACAUCAGACAGGAGCUCACAGACCAAUCAGAAAACAGUGGAGUACAUCAAGAAUAAGAUCAGUGAGAAUGUGUCUGUAGAGAGAAGCAUCAAUCUGUUCCACUGUCUGAAUGAACUGAAGGAUGUUUCUCUAGUGGAGGAGGUCCAACAGUCCCUGAGAUCAGGACAUCUGUCCACAGAUAAACUGUCUCCUGCUCAGUGGUCAGCUCUGGGCUUCAUCUUACUGUCAUCAGGAGAAGAUCUGGACGUGUUUGACCUGAAGAAAUACUCUGCUUCAGAGGAGGUUCUUCUGAGGCUGCUGCCAGUGGUCAAAGCCUCCAAGAAAGUUCUACUGAGUGGCUGUAAUCUGUCAGAGAGAAGCUGUGGAGCUCUGUCCUCAGUCCUCAGCUCCAAGUCCUCCAGUGUGACAGAGCUGGACCUGACUAACAACAACCUGCAGGAUUCAGGAGUGGAGAGUCUUUCUGCUGGACUGAAGAGUCCACACUGUAAACUAGAAGCUCUCAGACUGAGUGGCUGUAAUCUGUCAGAGGGAAGCUGUGCAGCUCUGUCCUCAGUCCUCAGCUCCAAGUCCUCCAGUAUGACAAAGCUGGACCUGAGUAACAACAACCUGCAGGAUUCAGGAGUGGAGAGUCUUUCUGCUGGACUGGAGAGUCCACACUGUAAACUGGAAGCUCUCAGACUUAAUAACUGUAAUCUGUCAGAGAGAAGCUGUGGAGCUCUGUCCUCAGUCCUCAACUCCCAGUCCUCCAGUGUGACAGAGCUGGACCUGACUAACAACAACCUGCAGGAUUCAGGAGUGGAGAGUCUUUCUGCUGGACUGGAGAGUCCACAUUGUAAACUGGAAGCUCUCAGGCUGUCAGGCUGUCUGGUCUCAGAGGAAGGCUGUGCGUCUCUGGCCUCAGCUCUGAGCUUCAAGACCUCAAAUCUGAGAGAGCUGGACCUGAGCUACAACCAUCCAGGAGACUCAGGAGAGAAGAUGCUGUUGGCUAAAGUGGAGGAUCCACACUGUAGACUGAAAACUCUCAGGGUGACGCCUGCUGGAGUCCCAUGGUUGACACCAGGUCUGAGGAAGUAUUCCUGUCAACUCACAGUCGACACAAACACACCACACAGAAUCCUCCAACUGUCUGACGUCAACAGGAAGGUGACACUUGUGAAGGAGGUUCAGUCGUAUCCUCAUCAUCCAGACAGGUUUAACUGGCCCCAGCUGCUGUGUAGAACUGGUCUGACUGGUCGCUGUUACUGGGAGGUGGAGUGGAGAGGAAAGGUUCCUAUAUCAGUGAGUUACAGAGGAAUCAGAAGGAGAGGAGACAUUAAUGAUUGUAUGUUUGGACGUAAUGAUCAGUCCUGGAGUCUGAUCUGCUCUGAUGAUGGUUACUCUGUCAGACACGAUAACGUAGAAACAUCCAUCAGGUCCUCCUCAGUCUCUCAUAGAGUUUCAGUUUAUGUGGAUGUUGAUGCUGGAACUCUGUCCUUCUACAGAGUCUCCUCUGACUCUCUGAUCCACCUCCACACCUUCAACACCACAUUCACUGAAACUCUCUAUCCUGGAUUUGGGUUCAUGUGGUUGCCAGGUUCCUCAGUGGUUCUGUGUUGAGUUUAAUGGUUGCUAAUUUGCUGUUGAGGGAUCUGAGGACUGCCUUGAAAGUUCUGCAUGAUGUUCUACAGAAAUAUUACGUGAUUCUCAGGGUUGAACACUUGGAGAGGAUGUCUAGGAAAGCUGUAAUGUGGAAAUGAAGGGCUACAGUAGUCAGCUCCAGUUUAAAGACUGCUGUAGCUCCGUCAGCCACUAGGGGGCAUCAGUGUCUUCACAACCAACCGUCAGCUUGUUGCAGCUGAGGUCAUGGAGGGUCACACUGCAUCACUGCUCUGAGUUUCCUCAUUAUAAAGCUUCUCUCUUCCACCAAGUAUGAAACCAGGACAUACCGCUAUUUGAACAUAACCUAAGACCUGUAAAAUCAAGACUAAAAGACAUUGCUUUUUCAGUGUGUUUUUGAGCAACAGGUUUUUACAGUUUUAAUGUGAAGCUGCACAACAUUGUGAAGCGCUUUUUUCAUUUAGUCAACUAUCUGCCUUUUCAUAAGAAAAAAGAAAUCAACAUUUUAGCUUGAAAUUGUGAGGUAAAGGUCAUAAUUGUGACCCAGUAAGUGAAGCUGAGGAUAUUUAAUUAAACUAGUUGCUCACAGUUUUGUCUAACUAAAUCAAAAGAAUCAGUGCUUUCAUCUUGUGUGACUUUUAAUGUGUUUUGUUUUUGUGGACUACACACUCAGGAAUGUCAUCAUUUAGCUUUUUUGUUGCUCUUUUCACGUUGUCUUGGGUUUGAUCUGCUUCAUAAUCCAGAGACAGUUUGAUAUUUCCUCUGGAUUUGAUGAUAAUCACAACAGAACUAAUGCUGGAGGAUGUUUCAGCAUCUAUUUGUCAACUUGUUGUAGUUUUAAAGGUUCAUUCUACCCAAAAUACUACCUUCUGUCCAAGUAGUUGUAGUUUAAAAGUUUACUCCACAUACAUAGUCCUUAGUAGAAGGUUUAUUCUACCAAAAAAUACCACUUUCUAUGCAACUAUUUUACGUUUUAAAGGUUCAUUCCACCCAAAAUUCUACUUUCUGUUCAAGUACUUCUAGUUUUAAGGAUUUAUUGCGUCCAUAAUUCUACUUUCUGUCCAGGAGCUUCUUUGGAAAUGUAGACUAAAUGAGCACGAUUUCAGCCAAACUGUUUAUUGUUUUUUUCUUGGUGUGCAGUAACUCUGUUUUUAAUCUCUGGACUGUGACAUUAAGGAUGCUAGCUUAGAAUCAUUUUCAACAUUUUUAAUCAAUAACUGAUUUUUUAACACUAACUGAACACAGUGGACAUUUGUUCUGUAUUAGUGUUGCUGUUUUAGUCAAUAUUAUGGGUCUGCAGCAGAAAUCCUUCUAGUUUUAAGGGUUUAUCGCAUGCAAAAUACUGCUUUCUGUGUAAAUAGUUUGAGUUUUACAAGUUUAUUCUUCCCAAAAUAUUACUUUCUGUUCAGGUACUUCUAGUUUUAAAAGUUUACUCCGCAUAAAUAAUACUUUUCUGAUCAAUAAGUUCGGGUUUUAAAGGUUUAUUCCAACCAAAAUUUAUUUUUUUCUCUGUUUAUACUGUCUUAGUUGUUUUUUAAAAACAAUUUCUGUAUACUUUGAUUCUGUGCUUGUUGUUGUUUUUAUGAUUUUAUGCCCUGAAUGUUUUUAUUGUUUGUGACGCUGUUCCCGUCUUAAUCUGAGACAAAUUUCUCCCACGGGAGACAAAUAAAAAACCUUGACUUGA